UCAUAGUCUCCAUCGAGUGGGGAUCGAGUAGUCGAUAUAGUCCGAGCAAGCAACACGUGCUUUCGAGUUUUUAAAAAUUUCGUUGCAACAAUGUAAUUAAUUACAACGUAUCAUUAAUUCAGUGUUUACUAAGUAUCAAUUGGAGAUCAUACACGAAAAUUAUUGUUCAUUGACAGUAAUUAUAGUGCAUCACGUAUUCGAAAUGUCAACUUCAUUGGCGGAGCAGUUGAAUAAACUGCGUGCUCCGCAAACUUCAAUAUUGCUACAAAACAAAAAGCGGCCAAGUUUGUUAUUUGAUCCAAAAGAAGCGGCUGAUCUUGACAGAGAGAACGUCUUGAACAUUGGUCAGAGCGGCCUGGAAGAUUUGAGCCAGCUAUGCGAUUCGUUUGGGGAAUUCAAAGGCACAUUAUUCUCAAGGGAUGCCUUGAAUUUGGAGCGUUCGGUAGAGGAUUCAAUAGCAAACGCGCGUUUGAACGCCGGGAUAGAGAAAUUUCUUAUCCUCUUGUCGCCAUAUUUUAUGUUGAACAGCGCGCACAAAGCUCUGGAAUGGUUGAUCCAUCGUUUUCGCAUUCACGAGUACAACAGAAAAGAAUUUAUGUUGCUGAUACUGCCGUACCAUGAGACAAGAAUAUUCGUCAGGGCGUUGCAGCUCUUUGAUCUUUCGGCGAACAACGACAGGUGGAAAUGGUUAGAAGGUUUGCAAAAACCAGGAGUUCCUCUGUCUUCGUUGACGCUGAUUAACCGAGCGGCGACGGACAAUGGAUUGUUGAAAUUGUUGUGCAGACACGUGGUACAAGCCACCAUGAUUUUUGGAGAUAAGGCAAAUCGUUUGAGCACGCUUUACGCUUUUUAUACGACGUUGAUAGUCGGAGCUUUGGAAAGAACAGCGUCUAUAAGCGAGAUACAAACGAGUCACGUUCUCUCGUCUUUGACGAAAGGUCUGACGAGUUCGAUACGCGGUUUUCAAACGAGCAGUUACUUGAUCCUUGGAAAAUUAUGUACCAGAGCGAGUAUCGAGGCUGCAACAUUGGAUCAUCUUAUUUUGAAAUUGAUGAAAAAUCCUCAGUCGCCCUGCGAAGCGGUUCUAUUGAUUCUUUUUAUUUAUGAAAACUCUUUGAACCGUCCAACUCGGGUAUCUGAAAAAGUAGCAUUGAGAGUUGCAAAAUCGCGUGGAUCGUUCGUGGAGCACUUAUCGAGAAUGAAGCUUGGCGGAGGUUUGGACGUGACGAUAUUCAUGGUGCCGCUUAUACGGACUUGCCUCGAGCUCGUUAUUGGCCGAACGCCCGAGGAAAGCCAUGAUAUAAGAAGCGCGCUCGAAGAAAUAUUUCUUGGGACGAGUUUCGACGAUACCGAGAUCGAUCUUAUAUUGGAAUGUAUGGUAAAACCAUACGAUGAUAUUGAAAUGAGCGAGGAAACUAAAAUAUUUUUGGCUAAUCUGUUCGAGCAGGUGGAAAAGCGUUAUCCAUCGAGAUUCGACGAAUAUGUGAAUAAUCUUAUGAGAAAGAGCGAGAACGAUACGAGUUGUAAGAUGACGUUGCAGCUGUUGAUGCGCUGGCAUUCGAGAGCCCGCAACGCUAAGGAUUCGUUGGACAUACUGAAUCGGCUUAAUCAUCCGUCUCCUUAUCAGAGAAUCGCUGGAUUGGAAAUAAUAGCUCGCGGUGAAGUAGAGAUUACCGAAACAUUCCGAGAGAUGGUGAACAAGGCACUGAUUGCGAGAUUCAGCGACCAAGAUUCGAGAGUGGUCAAGACUCUUUUGAAAUUGCCACGAGAAGGCUUGAUGAAGUCGCUCUUUCCGCGCGACACUCUUGUCGACGAGCUCAUGAUUUUGCUCGCUCAAUGCAACAGCCAAAAACAAAGGGGUCUCGCUAAAUUGGCAAUCGAAUUAUUGUUGGAUAUAUGCGAGGACGUCGAGGAUGACACGUCAAUCUUUAUCGCAACGAUGCCAUAUUUGUUCCCGAGUCGGGAUGAAGAAAUUGAUAUAUCGAUGGAAAUAUUGAGAUCCAAGUAUUCGGAAAAUAAUCGUUACAUGAAAAAGGUUCGCGAGGAUAUGGGAGGAGGAGGAAAGGGAGCGAAUGCCGAGGCAAUAAGCUCCGCCGCGUUUCACAAUAUUCUUAAAUGGGAACUUUUGCCACCGAUUAAAAAUAUCGUUGGAACGAUAAAAUCACAAUCUUGUCGGGGUGACGCGACAUCCAUGUUCUUCAAUCUGUUACUCCUCGGUUCUGUAUGUCGAGUACCCGUCGGUUCCUUGUCCAAUUCAAUCGCCCUCGAGAUUAUAGAAAUAGCCGCCGAAAUGACCAAGUAUUAUCCGAAAGUCCGUCGACUUGGCAACUGUAAUCAAUUGAACGCCGACAAAAUAAGCGAGGCUUUGGCUCUGACAUCCGAAGGUAUUCUCCCUCUUCAAGCGUGCACAUACGUUAUCGAGAUGGUGCAUCGUCGGAUAGACAUUAAUAAGGCGGCAAAUGCUUCAAUCGAUUUUGAAAAUGACCAAGAGAGAGCGAUAUUAUUGUUACGACUUUUGGAGAUACUUUUCGAAGGUAUGAGCCUACCCUCCCGAAGAGCUCAUUAUUCUUGGUGUUUGAAGAUUUUUUUUCAGCGUCAUUUCUCAAGCUCCCGAGAAAUACUCGUAUUUCUAUCGCAAUUCUUCACCGCACCCGUUAAUUCUCAAACCUCGCUGCACUGUUUGAAAAUCAGCCUCGACAUUCUCGAAUCAACGAGAAGUUACAAUUGGAUAUUCGAGGAUCGAGUUUUCGUACCGAAUCUCUUGGUCGGACUGGCGCGUCCCAACGAUCCUUGCCGUUUGGCCGCCGUCGAGAUAUUGAAAAAAAUUUCACAAACGUUCAAUCUGACGAUGCCGGGCUUUUCGAGCCUCCUUCACGAGCUCGCCAACAAAAGCGCCGAUCUCUCGAUCGAUCCGGAACAAUUGUCCCUCCUUAUGUACACGCUUUUAUCCCCCGAUCCCGACGUGAUUCAUCAACUCGAGCGAGAAAGUAGAAAAAAUCUGGAGGAAACGAGAAAAUCACUGAUCCGUAAGAUUAUCGAAGAAAACACUUGUGUACGUAUGAGUGCCCAAUUGUUGCAAAUUCUUACGCACGUAAACGCUCCGGAAAUACUCGUCGACUUGUCCAAAUUCGGUUUGAAGCUUUACAAACGAUGCGCAACGGAUGCUGCUGCUGCUGCUCCUCCGGACUCGAAGAAAUUCAGUUGUCAAGCAUUGAGAAAUAUUUUUCAACGAUUCAAUUCUACGAGCGUCGAGUCGCUUUUGGAAACUUGUGUUUUCGAGAUUUUUGAUCUCGCAAUGUCCGACCAUCGUCCAAUUAUUCCUAUCGAAUGUACGGAAUCUAUGGAAUCGGCGGGCACACACCCCACCGGUAUCACUCGACGGGUAUCACCGAGCUCGAUAAUGAUCAAACAGAUCGACCAAGAGUUUUACGAGAGAGCUCGUAAAGUAUCACCCUUGCUUGCGAGAAAAAUAUUCUUUAAACUCGUAGACGUUGUAACCGAGUGUGAAAUCGGAGCGGUUGUCGCGGCAUGCAACAGGGCAGUCAGAAGGAUCAAAAUCGAUGCGAGUAUGGUAGUCGAAGAGUUGAGAAGAAUGAAGAAUGCUCGACUACCGGAAUCCGAGUGUACAGCAAAUUCGAGAAGCAAGAGAAGAUCGCGAGGAGGCGGCGGGGGACAACCCCCGCGUCCCGAGGUAACCGAUACGGGGGAUUGGAAACGGGGUAUAACGAUAUUGGAAUUCGUUCAGAGAGCCGAAAACAUAGAGAACGAGAAAAUUUUGAUACCGAUGCUUUUCGAAAUAUUGCGAGUUUCAUUGAGCUUCGAGAUUCAAAACCCCCUCGAGUAUGUAAACCAAUUGGUUCUUUCGACGAUUUAUCAUUUGACUACGAAAGGUUACCCGAUCAACGAAGCGCAUAUUUACAUCGAUCUCAUAGCUCAGUGCAUAAGAAUUUCUCACAAUCCGCAAACUCAUCAUCACGCCCUUUUGGUCCUCGUCGAAUUAUUCAAAACUGCCAAUGUCGAAACUGCUCUUCACAACAUUAUGCCAAUUUUUACGUUCAUGGGAAGUUCGGUGUUACGCCAGGACGACGCUUAUUCCAUACAAAUAAUAUCGAAAACGAUCGAGACGAUCGUGCCAAUCGUCACUUCGGCCAAUGAUGCGAAACACGCUUGCGAAAUAAUUCGUAUAUUCGUCGUAUCGUUGCCUCACAUUCCCGAACACAGGAGAAUUCCAGUUUUCAUCAAAUUACUACAGCUUCUCGAUAAACAUUUGCAUAUUUUUUAUCUCGUUACUUUCGACGCUCACGUAACGACGGGGAGAGGGCCGCUGCUGCCGAACAAAGUCGUCGUCGUCGCCCCCUCGCCGGCUCGUAAAAAUUCCUCCGAACGUUUGGAAUUUGCCUUGAGAAUUUCACACGAAUUUUCGGCCCCUCGAAUUUUACAAGUUUCCAUUGAGAUAUUAAAAUUCGUCAGGUCCCUGCCGAUCGACAUUGAGAACGAAACCGAACGGAAGAAAAUUCAUUUUUCUCAAAAGUACAUUUUCGACGUUGCCAAUAACUCGCCGAAGCAAUUGAGGCACUACAAAUACACGGUCGUACAAUUUUUAGUCGCCCUCUUGACGAGCCACGAUUUCGUCAACAAAGUUGCCACUAUCGAAUCGGCGACGGAGGUUCACGAAAUAAUGGAGCCUCUUUACGAUCGAGCGAUGGUUGAAAUUAUUUUGCUAAUCGAGAGUUUCGGCAGAAGCGCCGAUCUCCAUCAUGCAUCAACCGGCGGCAACGUUCAAGCCAAAUAUUGGAAAGUUCUCCUCCACAAUAUUUACGAUAUCUUCGAUGCCGUUAACAAUCUUCUUCCGAAUUCCAUAUUCGUUUCUACCGUGACGCGAUUACUCGCUCAUGAUUUAUCGGCCGUCAGGAAGAAAGCUCUCGAAUUGUUGAAUUUACGAUUGCAUCAGAAGAAAUUCAACGUCGAUGAUCAUCAACGACUUUUACCCGUUGUUGAUUCUCUAAGAGAAAUAGUCGAUAAUAGUAGGAAGGGCAAAAUUUUCAGCCCGGAACUCGAAAUAAUUCAACAGACCGCUCUCAUCAGCCUGAAACUUAUGGCCAAGUUACUCGCGACCGAUAAUCCCGGGCAUUUCAAACCUGUGUUGGAUCUGACGACGGAAUUGAUGAAAACUAAGGAAGGUCCGUUAUUAGCGAGCUCGGUACUCUGUACCGCUGAGUUGUGCGCUUCGAUGAGAACCCAUGCGAUUAAAUCCCUCAACAAAUUCGUUCCUGCUGUAAUACGCCUCUUAAAGGUCCAUUGUAAUAAAGAAUCACCGGAUUUCGUGGUCGUCAGUAUCGUCAGCGCUCUACAAAAAAUAGUUGAAUCGGUUGGAAAUUUUUUGUCAUUGUAUUUGGAUCAAUUGCUCCUCGAAUUGACCAGACUCAGUUCCGUCUAUACCGAUACCGAAAAUCCCAAGAUUGGUCUCGUAGCCUCAAAAUUAAAGGGAACGAGUGAAAAAUUGGCAAGUUCGAUACCAAUGAGGGUCUUAUUGCCGGCGGUCUCGGAGACUUACGAUCUGUUGAUCGCAUCGAAAUUGUAUCGAUCUGUACAGCCUUUGUUGAACAUUAUUGGAGAAUCUUUUGGGAACGUACCGACGAACGAGCUUCAAGCUUCGAUUCCGGAUCUAGCGAAAUUUUUCCUCAAAGUAUUGCAAUUCCGCGAGGAGGUAGAAAUCGUCGAUACGGAAAUGGCGACGAGCGAGGAUGUUUCUAGGCUCGAGGAAAGCGCCAGUCGCGCCUUGGUAGCUUUGGUUCUCAAGCUCAGCGAAGCUACCUUCAGACCUCUUUAUUACAAGCUCUACGACUGGGCCGCGAGAUUCCCGGAGAAGAAACAGAGAAAUAUUACGUUUUAUAGAUUGUCGGCGAAUAUCGCGGAGCGUCUCAAGUCACUCUUCGUACUGUUUGCCGGACACUUUUUGAAGCACGCCUCAUCAUUGUUAAGAGCAAAUAAUUUAGCGGUGACCGAGGAACCCUGCGAGUUGCUUACAUUACCGGAAGAGUCACGAAGGAUCGAGCUUAUCGAAGCGAUUCUUCUCACGCUGUAUAGAGUCUUUGGUUAUGAUGCGCACAAUUUCGUAAAUCAGGAACGAUUCCAAGUCCUGGCGCAGCCGAUCGUCGAUCAGCUCGAAAAUACGGCGGGGACCCGACAAGAAUUUGAGAAACGCGCGUGCGAGCUUAUUGUUCCUUGCGUCGCAGCUUUUGCCGGUGCGAUUCAGGAUGAUUCUCUGCACAAACAGCUCGUUUAUCAGACUCUUCUCAAAACUCGACACACCAAGCCCUAUGUACGAAGUGCCGCUCUCGGUGCUCUUGUCGAGAUAGCGAGAAAACUUGGCGAAGAUUUCAUGCCUCUUCUGCCGGAAACGGUACCAUUUUUGGCCGAAUUAUUGGAGGACGAGGACGAGAGCACGGAAAAGAUUGCACAAAAUGCGGUUCGAACGCUCGAGGAUAUUCUCGGAGAGCCGUUACAAAAAUAUUUUUAAUGAAAAAACAAAAACAAAAAGGAUUGUAGCUUCGGUAACUCUUGUAAAUAAAGGCAGAAUGUUGCGUUUUAA